GUGGAUUCAAACGGAAGAUGAAAGAUGGCCACGGAGAAAGACACCGAUGUAAAUAAACGAGACCGAAGAGGCACCGUGUGCAAUGUUGUGAUCAAUCAGGAGUCCGAAUCAGGCAGCAGUGGCGACGGUCGACCGCCCAUCAUCUUCAACCCUGACUUCUUUGUGGAGAAGCUGCGUCAUGAGCGUCCCGAAGCCUUCACCGAGCUGGUGCUGAGUAACAUCACGCGGCUCAUCGACCUCCCGGGGGCCGAAUUCUCACAGCUACUGGGCGACGAGGAACCCAAAACUCCCAACGCUGGCUUUUUCCGCUCCUUCAACUUCCUGAAACGCAAAGACAAAGGUGUUGUGUUUGGCAUGCCCCUCACAGAAGAAGGAAUAGCCCAGAUAUAUCAGCUCAUCGCUUACCUCAGCAAAAAUCUCCAUGUGCAGGGUCUGUUUCGUGUUCCUGGGAACAGUCUGAGGCAGCAGACGCUGAGAGAGCAGCUCAACAGCGGAGCCGAUAUCGACUUCGCCGCCGGUGACUUUCAUCCCAAUGACGUGGCCACGCUCCUCAAGAGCUUCCUGGGGGAACUGCCGGAGCCCCUGCUGACCCACCGCCACCUGCACGCUCACCUGAAGAUCACAGAAAUGACCACGUUUGACGAUGAAGGCAACAAGACGAGUUUUCCGGAUAAGGAGCGUCAGAUCGAGGCCCUGCAGCUCCUCCUUCUGCUUCUUCCCACCGCCAAUCGAACACUCCUCAAGCUGCUGCUGGACUUGCUCUACCACACCGCCAAACAGCAGGACAAAAAUAAGAUGUCUGCGCACAACCUGGCACUCAUGUUCGGCCCACACGUCAUCUGGCCCAAGAAUAUGAAUGCCAGUGACCUUCAGGAGAACCUGAAGAAGCUCAACAGCGGGAUGGCGUUUCUAAUCAAACACUCACAGAAGAUCUUUAGGGCUCCAGCAUAUCUGAGAGAACAUGCCAGACUCCAGUUCGCAAACACCAAAAUCCUUCAAUCCAAGGAUGAUCUGGAGCUGUUGUCUGUCAGUGGCUCUCCGUUCAUCAGCGCGUGUAAGAGGAGCGGAGAGAGAGUUCGCUUAGACUCGGAUAACCACACAGAAGAGGCGCUGAAAGAGCUAUGCAGACACGUCUCGGAUAACAUGCCUAACUCCGCCAAGAAGAAGAAGCUCAUCAGACAGCUUGGCAAGCCGUCGACCCCUGGGACACCUGUCAAUGAGAACCUGACGCUUAGCAGUAAGAAACACGCGCGCUCGCGCUCCUUCGGCGGUCUCAUCAAGAGGAAGGUUUUGGGAGGUCAGCCGGCAGACAGGAGAGGGCGACACGUGUCUCCUCAGAGCGCUGCAGGUUUGGGGAAAGAGAACGUCAGCUCUGAGACAGCCAUCUGAACUCCACACUGCCAUCAGUUUCUUUGACACUAUUGUGAGUUCUGCCCGGAUACAGCAGCCCAUCACAGACAACCAGAGGAGAUAGGACGCAUCAUUUUAAUAUUUAACUUAUUGCUCUAAAUUCUGCAUAGUCUUAAAAGGUUCAAGCUAAUUUCCAUUUAAUGUGUAAAUAUUCUUUUUUUCCCAUUUUUAAUAUUGACUGUAUAGUUUUAAACUGUUACAUCAGGUGCUUGUGGGUGAUAAACCACUAGUCAGCUACACUGGGUAUUAAAACUGACCCAUGAAAACAUAACCACAGUGUGUAAAUGUGUAAAUAUAUAAAUAUAUAUUUGUGUG